AUUACCCAUUCUUCGGACAUGACGUGAAUGCAGCAAAUAUCUGAAUCGGGGAAGUACUAGACAAAUGACUGAGGAGAUUUUGACUUCCGGCAACUUCGUUUUGCGCAGCGCAUCCAGACUUUGCUAUCAAGCAUUAAAGUAAAACACGGCUGAGCCAUGGCCGGUUUUCAGAUCCGGAAGUAUCAGGACGAUGAUGCAGAGGCAGUGAAGGAGAUCUUCGCCAUGGGGGCGAGCGAGCACGUGCCGUCGUCCUUCACGCACUUUCUGAAACAGCCGCUUACCCAAAUGGUGCUCAUGUGCAUGUUCUGCGCUCUCAUGACCAGCUCCAAGUCCUUCCUGCUACCCGUCCUGGCCGUCACCCUCCUGCUGGCCGGGGCCCGACAAGUCGUCAUCCACAUGUCAAACAGAUACAUUGACAUCUGCUUCAGGACGGACCUCGAGAACAUCAGCGAGACCUACCUGAAGCAGAAGGACUCGUGCUUCUGGGUGGCUGAAUGUGACGGUCGGGUGGUCGGCAUGGUGGCUUGCCUGCCGGCUGAACAGGCGCCCGAGUGUUUGGAGUUGAAACGCGUGUCCGUACGCCGCAGUCACCGCGGGAUGGGCAUCGCUAAGGCUCUGUGUCGGACAGUGGCUGAUUUUACUCGUGACAGGGGCUACGCAGCAGUUGUCUUGCACACCUCAGUGGUGCAGACAGACGCUCAGAAGCUUUAUGAGCACAUGGGCUACGAGAAGAUAAGAGAGUUUGCCGCUCCCGAGCUUGUGGCCAAAAUCACAAACUUCACUCUGUUUGAAUACAGACUCGAUUUACACAGAGAAGGGAAAAAGGACUGAGUGAUCCUAAAAGGAAACAAACAGUUAGACCAAAUCUCCCUGAGACAUUUCAGGGCGACAGUACUGUACUUCAGUACUUCCCAAGUACUUCAGUACUUUCAGCGACAGUACUUCUUGAAAGUCAUUUGAUUAUUUAAUGUUGUAAAGAAGUUUGUUUCAUUGUGACUCUGAGAAUAAAUUGGUAGUCCUAUAAUUUUGUAGUGUUCAUUUUUGUUGUUGCCCUGUCAGAGACACACAGAUCUGAUGAAUGGAUCAGGUAUUGGCCUCAUUAAAUACUUUUUUUUUUGUCAGUGUUAUUAUAAAUUCAGUGUUUCAGUUACAUUUGUUAAGUCAUGGCAGGCAGCCAGCUCACUUUUUGAAUCCCUCAUGGCUUCAUGUUGGUGUACAGAUUAUAAAUUUGGGGAGAAGUGGGUACUCUGCGUCUGUAAAUAAUGUGGCAGAUCCCUGGUGCUGUUAUUGUCAUGAGGUCAGUUCACCAAAACAGCGUUAUGUAAUAUAAAUUAGUCGCUGGUGAAUCUGUGACCACCACAGUGUUUGAGAUGCCCGAUAAGCUGUAGGUCUGAUUUUAGUAGCCUGUUUUCAUACCAGCCAGAAAACACAGCCUGAGGGAUCUCUGCUCUGCUGGGUGUUUGCAGUAGGUGACACUUUAACAGUAUUAGCAACAGUAUUUUAUAUAAAAUGCUGUCUUUGACACACGUGUUAUUUUUACUUCACCUUUUCAUCUAAAAAUAUACCCGCAUUUUCUGUUCCCUUUUUCUGCUCGUGACGUUUCUUAUGUCUCCAGAUCAGUCGAGAUAAAUUAGGAGCAGGUCUGAGUUAUUUUCCAGCUCCGAUCACUUGAAUAUUGUGUGUGUGUGUGUGUGUGUGUGUGUGUGUGUGUGUGUGUGUGUGUACGGUACUCUGAAACCGAGCCCUGCAGCUUUCCCUUCACCACCAGUUCACCCCUACAGGAGGGAGUCUCUUCAUCACGAUGAAGAAGGUGAUUCUGAGGUUCUGCUCUGUGGGUUUGUUUUGCACACAGGAGGCUUCAGACUCUGACAGGUUGUUGCAAAUUCACUUAAAACAAAUGUGGACAAAGAAGUUCUCUGAUUUAAUUCCCUCAGUUGGUUUUCUUAUUGUCUAAUUUGUUAAUUUUUUUUUUUUUUACUUCCAUAAGUUUUUUCUUUUGUGAUUAAUAUUAACAAAUGUACACAUUCUCCUGCAGUCCUCCUCCCUUUUCUGUUUUCUUACCUCUUGAUUUUUAAUUUUUCGGGUGAUUUUUUUGUUUAUGCAAUAAAUUAAAAUGAGGUGAAACAAGAAGAGAAUAAUAAGGAUAAAAAGUAUAAUUUGUUUUCAUGUACUAAAUUCUCUAUCAAAAAAUAAAACAAGUUUUUUACACAA